CAGUAGUUAUCCAGGCGAGAAUUUCCAAUCCUCCCAAUCGAUCCCAAAACGGCGGAAAAUGUCCAUCUGCCACAUCGUCCUCCUCGUCCUCGGCCUGUUAGCAGCUGGGACUGGUUUCGCCAUGUUGGUCGGGGCCUACGACGCCAUCUUUGAUUCGGUGUUACAUUCGCAACUGCAGGUAACGGAAGGAUCACGAGCGUAUGACAUUUGGCGUUUAACUCCUGUGCCUCUGUUUUUGCGUCUAUAUUUCUUCAAUCUUACCAAUCCGGAUGAAUUUUCGAAAGGAGCUAAACCUAUCGUUCAGCAGGUGGGCCCGUAUUGCUACAGAGAAUACCACGAGAAGCAGAACCUGACCUUUCACCCCAACUACACGGUGACCUUCUUUCAGCAGCGUUGGUGGCACUGGGAUCAGGAAAUGUCUGGCAAUAAUACGAGAGAUGACGUCAUCACUAUUGUCAACGCAGUGCCGAUUUCAGCAGCAUGGAGCGUGCGGGCCCUGAAGCCAGCCCUGAGCAGUCUUAACAGUAUGUUCAACCUCCUCGGCGAACAGCUGAUCGUCAAAGCCACCGCCGGAGAGAUCAUAUUCGAUGGAUUUCAGGAUCCGCUGCUGGACUGGAUGCAGGAAAACAUGGUCGCGGAAAACGGCACCCUUCACAAUAUCACCGAUUUGCUGCCCAUUCCGCCCGGACUCACCGACUACGAUCGCUUCGGGUGGUUUUACGGCCGCAAUCUGUCGGUAACUUACGACGGGGAAUUCAACAUGAAAACGGGAGAAGACAAUUUAGACGAAUUGGGCAAAAUCGACCUGUGGAAUCGACGACGCGAGACAGACUUCUUCGACGGCCCUUGCAACCGGGUGGCUGGGUCUGCGGGCGAGAUGUGGCCGCCCAACCUCAAGCCGGACUUUGUCGAUUUCUACAGCCCUGAUUUGUGCAUGACCAUGAAACUCUCCUACAAGGAAGAGAAGAGCGACUCCAACGGCCUCCCGGGAUACAGGUUCUGGGGUACAAACACCACCUUCGCUAACGACUCGACUGUACCGGGCAACCAGUGCUAUUGCGUGAAAGGGACUUGCGCUCCGAUGGGUCUCCUUAACGCAGAAUCCUGUCGCAUGGGCGCUCCUGCCUUCAUCUCCUUCCCUCAUUUCCUCCACGCGGAUCCCUUCCUCCUCGGGCAAGUGGAUGGCCUGGAACCGAAUGAGGACAAACAUGCUUUUCUCAUGGAUGUCAUACCGGAGCUUGGAACGCCUAUGUAUGUGGCAGCCAGGAUGCAGAUUAACAUGCGGAUCAUACCUUAUAAAGGAGGUUUUCUCGGAGGCAAGAUAGACAUCCUGAGCGAAGUCCCCGACGUGUAUCUGCCGAUGCUGUGGUUCGAGGAGAUCGCGGAGAUGCCCCCCGACAUGGCGAGUGAACUGAAGGCCCUGCUCUUCAUCAUGACCACGCCCACCAUGGACAUCAUUUUCUCGACCAUGGUGCUCUUGGGCGCCUUCACCGUCGGGCUCUUGGUUGGGUUGUACUUCUGCCGGAGGAAGUGAGGAGGAGGGGGGGGGGGGUGAGGCGUGGAAUUGGAGUGGAAAAGGCGGGAUAUAUAUAUAUGUGUAUAUCUGCAUGAUAUGUAUGUAUAUAAUGUGUGUGUGUGUGUGUGUGUGUGUGUGUGUGUGUGUGUGUGUGUGUGUGUGUGUGUGUGUGUGUGUGUGUGUGUGUGUGUGUGUGUGUGUUUGUGCAUAUAUAUACAUAUGUACAUACAUCUAUAUACAUAUAUAUGUUAUACAUAUAAUAUUAUAUAAUAUAUACUUACACCCAUAUAUAUGUACGAUUGAUACUUGACUCUCUCUCUCCCCCUCUCUCUCUCUUCUAUCUCUCUUCCUCCCUCCUCCCCUCUCCCUCUCCCUCUCACUGACUCACCAUGCUCCACACAAGAGAACAAAAAUGAAAAGAACAUCAAAUAUCUGAAAAGAACAUGAGGUCACCCACAAAAAAGCACAACAGAAAACGGGAUAGAAAAUAGCACUAUUAUAACAGGUAACAACGGAAGAGCAAAAGGUCCCGCAGAGAAGAUUACCGUGUGCGUUUUAACGGAAGAAUUUUUUUACGUUCCCAUGACAAUCCGUUCUUCUCCUCCUUCUUCUUCUUCUUCUUCUUCUUCUUCUUCUUCUUCUUCUUCUUCUUCUUCUUCUUCUUCUUCUUCUUCUUCUUCUUCUUCUUCUUCCUCUUCUUCUUCUUAAAAUUACUUGAAAUGUGAAGAACCCUGAUAGGGUGAGCUUACUUUUGUAUACGAGUAUUUUUGGAUAAGUUUAAGGUUUUGUGUGUGUGUGUGUGUGUGUGUGUGUGUGAUAAGCUCACUCGAUCGCACGAUUUUAAUUUAGUUGUGAAUUUAGCUAAAUCGGUCUGAUACUUGGUUGCCUCCUGUAGAUUGGUCACACUUAACAUAUUGAAUAUUUCUACAGAAAUCAUGCCAUCUGCGCCGAUCACAUUCCGUACAGAACCUUUCCGUGACUCGCAAUAACUUAGGCGAAGUGACAUCACGCUGUUGACGACUCACGUGUUAUCGAUGUCUGGAAGGUUAUACACACACGAACGCACAUAUAUACACAUCCUUGUGCUUAUUAUUUAUAUUGCUAUAUUAAGUGUAUCUUUGCCUUUUUAUGAUAUGAAUAUAUUUUAAUUCCACUAGCUUAAUCAUUAUAUCUACGAACGAAUGCGUAUGCGUGUAUAUUUGUGUGUGUGUAUAUAUGUAUAUGUAUAUAUAUAUAUAUAUAUAUAUAUAUAUAUAUAUAUAUAUAUAUAUAUAUAUAUAUAUAUUUACACAUACAUACAUAUCUAUACAUGUGUACAUAUGUGUGUGUGUGUGUGUUUAUACAAAUAAUGGAAGCUUCGCAGUCGCAAUGUAUCUGAAUUAUACGCUUUAAAAUCU